AUGUCGGACAAGGACGUUGCACGCGAGGGCGUCGUUGCCCAUGAAAACGUCAGCGGCAAGCCCAGAAAGCGUGGGUGCAUUGGCCACUGCGGACGCUUCUGGUGGGCCUAUCUGAUAGCUUUGGUUAUCAUUAUUGUUAUUGUGGUGCCUGUUGUAAUCCUAGUGGCCGUGCCCAGGAUCGCGCAGGAUAAGAUCGACGCUGCCGAGCUCGAGGUGCGCGACAUCAAGGCGCUCGACACGCAGACCCAGAACUUCACCAUGGAGAUCGACAGCGGCAUCCGGACCGACGGCAAGGUGCACGCCCAGGUCGCGCCCUUUGAGGGCGUCAUGUACCUCGAGGACUGGGCGCCGCAGAGGCCGUUUGCCAAGAUCCGGUUCCCCGAGACCUCCAGCGCCGCGUUCCAGGAUGUCAAGGUGUCGCAGUUUGUCAACGUCGAGGACAUGGAGGCCUUUACCGUCUUCAACACCUGGCUUUUGGUCAACGACACCCUGAGGGUCACCAUCAGGGGCGACACCACCGUGCGCGUCCGCGGCAUCGCCCGUGACUACCCGGUCGUCUUCAAGAAGACCACCACCAUGCCCGGUCUGAACCUGUUCAGGGGCACCACCGUCAGCGACCCCAAGAUCCUCAGCGGAAACAGCACCGGCGACCACGGGGCAAACUUCCAGGGAACCGUUACGAUUCCCAACCAGUCCCGCGUGACUUUUGAAGUGGGCAACGCGACCUUCUUCAACUACCUGGGCGACCGGGACGUGGGCGAGGUGUACAUCAACAACAUGACCAUCAGGCCCGGCAACAACGUGUUCCCCAUGACGGCCAAGGUCAACAAUGAGGCCGUCUUGUCGGCCAUGACCAAGAGGCCGGCCUGCGAGACCGGAAAGGUCACCUUUGGGCUGCGCGGAAAGAAGGUGGAGAACCACGGCCAGCCUCUGCCCUACUUUGCCGACUCGCUCGCCAGCGCCAACCAGACCGUCGAGAUCGACAUUUCCCAGGCCCUCGGCUUCAAGAUACCCUGCUCCCAGACAUAG